CACGUCAUUCUCGGAAUUUCCGCUCCGAACUCCUAUGUUGAUUACUUUUUGUGUAUUUUGCGGCGUUAAUAAAAAUAUUCUAGUACAUUUCAAACCCGAUUGGAAGAAAGUGUCGACUGUUAGUCACAGUCCGCAUUUAUUUACCUUAAACCACCGUUAAAUGUGUGAAAAUGGCCUUGAAUCCUGAGACAAUUGAGGAAGACUCGUUUAUUAUCCUGGGUACUUCCCCGGGCACUAGUUUGGACAUAAAGUGUAAUGGCAACGGCGUGGUGAGCGAUGGGCCUCUGAACAAGUCACAGAUCGAGGAUGCCAUGAAGGACCUGUCUACUGAGGCCAGUAUGGCAUUUAAGGCCACAUUCAAGCUGGGUGAUUGUCCAUCACCAGCCUCCCUAAUGGUGGCCAGCACCAUAAUCUCCGAAGACAAAAGUACCGAAGAACUCCAGAAGCGCUUUGGAGAGAUUCUCGACGAGAAUGUCCUUCUCAAAGAAACUUUGAAGCAGAAUAAUGAGUCCAUGAAGGAGCAGUUCUGUCUGAUAGCGUCGUGUCAGGAGGACAUGAUGAAGACGCAUUCGCUCCAUAAGGAGAAGUUCGAUGAGACCAGGGAGCUGGUGGAGAAGCUGCGUCAAGAAAACAAGAAACUCAAGCAAGAGAUAGCCCAGCUAAAAGAGACCAAAGUCAACACUGAGACCGGAGAGGAAGACAAAGUGAAGUCGGGCCCUCCGUCCGCCGUGGAGUUCGUGACGUGCCCUGAUGAUGACACAAUUAAUAAGCUGACAGCGCAGUUGGAGUUGGUCGAGAAGCAACGUCGACAGGUGAUUGUCGACAACGAGAAACUGACCUGGCAAAAGGAGUCCUUGGAACACAUUGUGGACGCGACAUCCAAGGAACGAGAUGAUCUUAAAGAAAAACUUAAAGAUGUCGAGUUGCAACUUUCCGGCAAAGAUAGCGACUAUGCAGCAGAGAUGCACAUGUUAAAGUGCACCAUACAAGACCUCCAGGGCAGACUGCAGUCUUCCAGCAGCAUUACGAGUGAAUCUUCGGAGAUCCAAAGGCGCGACGCUUUGAUUCAGCGAUUGGAGACCAAGCUGUCAGCUCUGCAGAGCGACUACAAAGCUUCGCAGUUGAAGGUCCUCGAACUGAAGAACGUCAAGAUGGAAUUUUCGAAACACAAAUCCGGAAUAUCCGAGAUGGUAAAAAUAUACAAGGACCAAAUACAAGAUCUCCACAAUAGACUUAAGGAUGCCCAGAUUACGCUGUUCCAGCCAGUCCGUCUGUCCAUCAGUCCCGACUCAGAAAGCCCUAGCGAGUUCUCCGAGUAUAUUGCCAAUGUGAAGUUGUAUGACAGGGCACUGAAGCAUCUAGCACAGUUGCUCAACGGUUUGGUUCACGGCGCAUCGGACAGUCUAUUGCAGUCGAUAAGCGCGGUGGCGAGCCUGCAGCAGUGCGCGGCGAGCCUGCCGGAGGGCGCCGCGCCGCUGCUCGCCGGCCUGGACCUCGCGCGCCACCAGCUCGACAAGCAGUACAGCAACGUGCUCAACUACAUUGGCCAAGUACGAAGCACUAUAACCAUAUUUGAAGGCAUCUUUAAAGACUACAACGAAUUGCUGAAGAAGUCGCUGACAAUGCAAAAUAAACCUUCAGACGGUCCUAACGUAGAGGCGCUGACCACGGCUCUGCUCGCUAGAGGGCAGGAGGUGUCGGCUCUUACCCUAGAACUGAACAACCUGCGACAGCAGAAAGAGGAAGUCGAUGUACUGAAAGCACAGUUGGAUCUCUACAAGAGCGACUUUGAAGCGGAGCGCACGGCGCGCGAGAUGAUGGCCGUGGAGAAGGAGCACAUCCUCACCGACCUGCGCACCUGCCAGCGCCGCAACCAGGACCUCACGCAGAAGCUGCAACAGGUUGGUACUUCAGAUGAUGGCCGUGGAGAAGGAGCACAUCCUCACCGACCUGCGCACCUGCCAGCGCCGCAACCAGGACCUCACGCAGAAGCUGCAACAGGUUGGUACUUCAGAAUGAUGGCCGUGGAGAAGGAGCACAUCCUCACCGACCUGCGCACCUGCCAGCGCCGCAACCAGGACCUCACGCAGAAGCUGCAACAGAUGAUGGCCGUGGAGAAGGAGCACAUCCUCACCGACCUGCGCACCUGCCAGCGCCGCAACCAGGACCUCACGCAGAAGCUGCAACAGUGGCCGUGGAGAAGGAGCACAUCCUCACCGACCUGCGCACCUGCCAGCGCCGCAACCAGGACCUCACGCAGAAGCUGCAACAGGUUGGUACUUCAGAUGAUGGCCGUGGAGAAGGAGCACAUCCUCACCGACCUGCGCACCUGCCAGCGCCGCAACCAGGACCUCACGCAGAAGCUGCAACAGGUUGGUACUUCAGAUGAUGGCCGUGGAGAAGGAGCACAUCCUCACCGACCUGCGCACCUGCCAGCGCCGCAACCAGGACCUCACGCAGAAGCUGCAACAGGUUGGUACUUCAGAUGGUGGCCGUGGAGAAGGAGCACAUCCUCACCGACCUGCGCACCUGCCAGCGCCGCAACCAGGACCUCACGCAGAAGCUGCAACAGGUUGGUACUUCAGAUGAUGGCCGUGGAGAAGGAGCACAUCCUCACCGACCUGCGCACCUGCCAGCGCCGCAACCAGGACCUCACGCAGAAGCUGCAACAGCAGACCUCGAUCGGUGCCAACAGCAUGAGCCCGCAGAACCGACUUAAUGCCCGCCCCUCCGGAUCUCGCCCGACUACUAUAGUCCGCACUGCGAGCUCCAGUUCACCACCUUCGAUUUCUACGCAGGGCAACACUACCGGCAAUAUGGUCCGGAAAAAGAAGAAGCUAUCCAACGAGCCACCAACACCAAAAGAGCCCAAAGAAGUGACUCCGCCGCCCCUGCGUUUCGACUGUCCAGUCUGCGACGAGCCUUUCAAGACCCUCGUAUUAUUACAGCAACAUGUUGAACACUGCUUACUGUAGGGCUUACAGUCCGAGAUAAUUCUACACAGACAUGGAAAGCGAUAUAUUCAAGCCACCAACAAAGUCCAAUUCCCAUGAUUACUGGGUACUUCUAAUUGGGUACUUGACACAUGUUGAAUACUAUAACAAAAUUUAGUGAAAUGAAUAGAAAAUGAGCCAUCCAUUAUAAAAAUGUGGAAUAAAAAAAUAUAUAUUGAGAUUAUAAAAAAAUGCAAGGCUCAAAACUAAAAAUUUUUUUUUUUUGUCUUUCAAAAAUAGAAAAGAAAAUGGCACUAUUCGAUUCCUUACAUUUUAUUGAAAAAUAAAUUGUAUGACAACUAUACACAAACGCAAUAUUUCAGGGUUAAAAUGGCAAUUUCCUUGAUCUUCCAUACACUUAGGACAGACUUAUAAUAUGACAUCACAUUAUCAUUUUGUUAAGGGCGUUUCAAUCGUCGAGUGCGAGCGUCAGACUUUAACUCUCAUUUCUGACCUUUGUGUUGCUUAAAUGCCAUGAGUCCUAUAUAGACAUUUGAUCCUCAGGAAAAUCAAGAUCGAUUGACAUUAUUUACAAAAAACUGUCAAGUAGCCAAUUGCGGUCCUGGGAUGCACUCUGGCGGCAGAACAUUGUAUAUAUAAUACUCCCUAUUAAGAUUGACAACCCCCAUACCUCGCCGCGAAAAUCAUCAUUGUUGUAGAUGGCUAAAUGUUGAAUAUUUUUACGUUUUAGAUUUUGCAUUUGUUCCCAGUGGUAACUAAGGGUGAGAAUAACAUUCUCAGUUGUUACUACUGGUAACAACUUGCUGGUAACUCAUGGGAAUAACCCCGUUGAACCAAUUUUAUUGCCACAAAAAUAGAAUUGGCAAUUCAUACACUGGCAUUUUUAUUUUCAUUUAUAAAAUACAUUUAGAAUAAAUAUAGAAUUCAAAUAUUUAUUACAAAGUUUUUAUGUUUAUUAAUUAUUUUAUUAUAUUAGUUAAAUAAAUGAAUUUUAGUUGAA